GGCGACCGCCCGAGAGACAGGGGCAGGGUGUUCAAGCAGCGGCAGCAACAAAGGCAUCCUCACUUUCCCUACCGUCUCUGCUCCCCUCUUGCUAGGGCCAGCCAUGGAAGAUGGAUCUUCGUCGGCCAGCUGCUUUAGACGCUUUACCGAGUGUUUCCUGAGCGCAAGUUUGACAGAUGAAAAAGUGAAGGCCUAUCUUUCUCUUCACCCCCAGGUACUGGAUGAAUUUGUGUCAGAAAGCAUCAGUGCUGAAACAGUGGAAAAAUGGCUAAAAAGGAAACACAAUAUAGAGGAAGAUGAUUCAACUCCUAAGCAUGUCACCAGGUACCAGAAUUCAGAUAUGCAAGGAAUGGUGCAUGAACUGAACAGCCAUAUAGAGAAGAGGAUGGAUAUAGGAGGGAAUACUCAACUGCUCUUGUAUGAAUUGAGUGCCAUCAUUCGAGUGGCUACAAAGGCUGAUGGGUUUGCACUGUAUUUCCUGGGAGAAUGCAAUAAUAGUCUUUGUAUGUUCACACCACCAAGAAUAAAGGAUGGACAACCAGAGCUUGUUCCUGUAGGACCAGUUCAACUCGGCACCACAGUAUCUGCUCAUGUAGCCAAAUCUAGAAAAACACUAUUAGUAGAAGAUAUUUUGGGGGAUGAACGGUUUCCCAAAGGAACAGGACUGGAAUCAGGGACUCGUAUCAAGUCUGUGCUUUGUUUGCCAAUUGUUACUGUACUUGGUGAUCUGAUUGGUAUCCUGGAGCUUUAUCGAAACUGGGGUAAUGAAACUUUCCAUCUCAGUCAUCAAGAGGUAAAUCCUAAAUGUAGCAGUGAGCAUAUUCAUUUCAUUCAGGUAUCCAGGGGUUUGGCCAAACAGACUGAACUGAACGACUUCCUGCUUGACGUAUCAAAAACUUACUUUGAUAACAUAGUUGCAAUAGAUUCUCUACUUGAAAAUAUAAUGAUAUAUGCAAAAAACCUGGUGAAUGCAGAUCGCUGUGCACUCUUCCAGGUAGAUCAGAAGAACAAUGAGUUGUAUUCAGACCUGUUUGAUAUUGGGGAAGAACAUGAAGGGAAGCCUGUCUUCAAGAAGACCAAAGAAAUAAGAUUUUCUAUUGAAAAAGGAAUAGCUGGUCAGGUAGCAAGAACUGGUGAAGUCCUCAACAUACCUGAUGCCUACGCAGACCCACGUUUUAACAGGGAGGUAGAUCUCUACACAGGCUACACAACAAGGAACAUUUUAUGCAUGCCUAUUGUGAGUCGAGGAAGUGUCAUAGGUGUCGUGCAGAUGGUGAACAAACUAAGUGGAAGUGCCUUUUCUAAAACUGAUGAGAACAAUUUUAAAAUGUUUGCAGUCUUUUGUGCUUUAGCAUUACACUGUGCUAAUAUGUAUCACAGAAUUCGCCAUUCAGAAUGUAUAUAUCGUGUAACUAUGGAAAAGCUUUCAUAUCAUAGUGUUUGCACAGCAGAAGAAUGGAAAAAUCUAAUGGAUUGCAAACUCCCACCACAACUCUGCAGAGAUAUUGAACUAUUCCACUUUGACAUUAGUCCUUAUGAAGAUUUUUGGCCAGCAAUUUUUGUCUAUAUGAUCCAUCAAUGUUGUGGACUAGGCUGUUUUGACCUAGAAAAACUAUGUCGUUUCACGAUGUCUGUAAAGAAGAACUACCGUCGGGUGCCCUAUCACAACUGGAAACAUGCCAUCACAGUUGCGCAUUGCAUGUAUGCUAUUCUUCAGCACAACCACAGGAUUUUCACAGACAUAGAA